AUGUUGAGGCUUUUGAAUGAUCCUCAUGGACGUAGUGUGUUUGAAAUCUACGAUUUUAGCUCUGAUUCAUGGAGGCUUCUUGACCUCACUCCAGACUUCAAAAUAGAGUAUGAUCAAAGCGGCGAGACUUUGAAGGGGAACGCUUACUUUAAGGCAAGCGUGACGAUAUUUGGUCCAAUGAAUAAACGGGGACGUAGAAAAGUAGUAAGGGAUGAAGAGUUUUUGGUCUGUUUCGAUUUUACAAGAGAGAGAUUUGGAAAGCGUCUGCCUGUGCCUAUUAACUCUUAUUCGAUGCCAUCUUGUGUUAGGGGAGAGCAACUCGCUGUGCUUUAUAGGGAGGAGACUGGUCCAUCUUGGAUAUAUGAGAUUUGGGUUACGAAUAAGAUUUAG